UCUGUAACUUGUUUUAAACGUGCAGUUUAUCUAACACCAUUCGAUUGGAGAAUAUCAGUUAAUCUGGGCAUAAUUUAUAUGCAUACUUCACAAUGGUUAAGUGCAUUACAACAUAUCACUGCAUCGAUUAAUUUGUUUAAUUUUACGAAACAAAACUCAGUUCCUAAUUGUACUACAAGUAAUAAUAAACUAACUCAUGAUAUUAGUAUGUUAUUUUGUCUACUGGGUUAUUGUUUAAUCAAAUUAAAUGAAUAUUCCAAAGCAUAUGAAGCUUUUAUGAAUGCAUAUAAACAAUGCAGUAAAAAUCCUUUAGUGAUUUUGAAUUGCACGAAUUUUCUCGCUAAAUCAAACGAAAAACUAACCAAGCAGAUGUUUGUAAAAUAUCAAAAGAUUACUUCAACCAGAGAAUUCGAAUUACCUUAUUGGGUGGAUAAAACUAAAGUUGACAGGUUAGUUAACCAGCUGAAAACAUAUCUAAGAAAUAUUGAAACACACAAUACUACAGAGAAACUAGACACAAUACAAAUUCCAACAUUGUCCAAUGGAUAUUCAUAGUGUGAACAUGGAUGACUUUUUUUAAAAGAAAAACAUUCUAUUAGCUUUCAAAACUCGAAUUUCAAUAACUUAAAACUUUUAGCCCAUCAUAAUGUUGAAAUGUAAAAUUUUAAUUAUUGAAUUACUACUAUUUGAUUUUUCACAGUUUUUCCUUGCAAAAUUCCUCACUGAUCAUUUUCUAGUGUUCGUUCCGGGUUUUUCUAAUUUAAGCACUUUUGAAAGUUGAAAUCAAUAAAAA